GGGAGAGGAUCGCGGGCGCACCGACACCACGACUGGGGUAAAGCUAAAGCAGACCACGGAUUUUUAACACUUGUGAUCAGUAGUCUGACUUGUGAUUGUACUUAGAAACUUCUUUGAAGAUAAACAACCAGAAAAUGGAUCCAGUGGUCAAAUUAGCGCUUAAACCACUGGGAUUUUUGGCAAAGAAAGGCAGAGAUAAAGUUGUUGAGAUGAUCAAAGAUGGCGAUGUUACGGAUCAAAAACUUUGCUCUCUUAUAAGGAGUGGAACAAGUGAGAUGAAAUCCAAACUGGACGCUAUUUCUAUGAAGGAGGUAGGAGCCAUGGUCAGUUUUUUUGAAGCAGGCAUUGCUAUUCUGUCGCCCAAUGAAGCUGAUGAAGAGGCAGCGAACAAAUUACCCGAAGAGCAAAUGAUGGAAGGCCUUCGAAGCGAGCACGAAUACCAGAUAAGCGAAUCGAAAAAACGCCUCGAUGAUGCAAGAAAGAAAGCAACCGAAGCUUUCAACAAUCCAGCGCUUCCUCUGAUUACCCGCAUAUCGGCAAUGAUAUAUCGAGUUAUGUCAAUCAUUAUUUCAGCAAGACUCAGCAACGGGAUUGAACAAAUACUUCCUGAAUGUCAAAGAUGCCUAAAAGAGCUUCAUGAACUUGAUCAGGUUCGAGCUAACUUUGCGACCCAUCUGAAAGGUGGUGCAAAAUCAAAAGUCAAUGUUGAAGAGAGAAAAGGGAUUAUAAAAGCUGUAUGCUCUGUGAAUUACAUCAUCUAUCAGGAAUAUGCCAGCAACAAGGACGUUAUGCCAAGAUGGCGCCUGAUCAAACCCAAAGGCUUGUCAGCGAUUGAUCCGCUAAGGGAACCACUAUUAAAUGUGGAUGAUUUUUACCUGCCUUGGGCAUUUGGUCAAGAGAAGUUAAUAAAACCCUGUCACAUUGCUAUGACUACAGAAGACGAAUUCAUAGUAGCUGACAGAACUGAUAAUGAAGUCAAGGUGUUUGGGAGUGCAGGUGAACACAAGCUGUCAUUUGAAGUCAUUGUAAAAAAGCAAGCUGAGACUGGAUCAUGGAAUAUUCUAGAUCUAGACACAAAUGACUCGGGUCACAUAUAUACCCUUAUAGGGAGCAGUUCCUUAGGUGUUAACAGUCAUCCAUCUCACCCAGGCUUUGACAACGGAGACGGAUGCAAGGAAUAUGAGUGUAUGGUUCUGGCCUUUGAUUCAAAAGGGUCCAACAUUCGUCAAGAAGGGGAGCCACUUAUUGAUCUCAGGAACAAUAACUUCUAUUACAUAACUGUUACUCAGGAAAAUAUAUUUCUUUCGGACUUCAAAGACGUCAAUGUUUAUGACAUGCAAGGAACACUGCUUUCAAAGUCUGAUAUGAAAAAAACAAGAAAAUCUGAACAAACAAUUAGAGGCAUCACUGCUGCUUCUACAAAGAGUGUUUUUGUUUUGACGAGUGGUGGUGAAGUGUAUGAUUGCAAUGCUGAAGGGAAGAUGAACCUUUAUUCUGUAGGUAUGAACAAAGACUUAACACCAACAGGUCUUGUGUUUCAUCAAGGCAGUAAACAGCUUGCCAUAAGUGGCUUUGAUGGUGGUUGGUUUAACUGUUUUAUUGAUGUUUAUGACAAAUUUGGUAAACUAGUCUGCAGACAUAAACUCCCGAUGAAGCUUUUAUCUUCAAUGGCUGUGACCAGUUCUGGUCGUCUUGCUAUGGUAAAGGAUGAAGAAGAGAUAUUUGUCUGGUAAUUUUCGCGUGUCUUAAUUAUCGCGAAAAUUUUUUCAACAUUCGCCAGCCUUUAAUUUCGGGACCGCGAAGUCCAAGUGACUUUAUUUUCUCGUUUGUACAAAAAAAUGUACGUUAACCAACAACUGAAACUGGACCAAUAUAUUGAAACAAAACCAACACGUCCCUUUCAAGUUCAGUCUUACAGUAAUGAAAAAGUGUGCUCGUUUCGGAGGCAUUAUUAUCGAUACUUUCGAUACAUGUCCUUACUAGAGGAUCAUAAUAGAACCUUCCCAUCUCUGUCAUCAUUUUUUCUAUAUCCAUUAAAAUUCCCUAAAUUAAAGUUCGCGGACUUUAUUUUUGUGAGUCUUUAAUUUAAUAUUCUUCUAAAUCGCGAAAAUCGCGAAUUUUAGAACUCCCGAAAAUCAGAAUAAGGAAUCUAGAAUCGUGUCUUGACAAGUGUCGCCGAAAAAGCAUAAGCCUGGAAUAGGAUAUACUUAGGAGGCUUAUUCAGGUACUUGAUUUUUGGCCAUCUGAGAUAAUACAAAUGAUGAUCGAGAUUGGGUUGCUUCCGUUGAGAAAGUUUAGCAAAUACGUAUGGAGACGGGAAACCGAUCCGUGGUUUCGCUUUGAGAAAAGGAAGAGACACGUUUUGCUAUGGAACUAAAAUUCCUUCAACUGCAUGGGAAAUAUGAAAAAGACGUCAUGUUAGUUAGGGAUGUGCUCAAGAACUUGGUUCUUGGACUGGCUAUCUUAUCAUAAUUUGUUCGCUUCUGAAUAAUGUUGUAUAAAUACCUACAGUGUUACAAAGAUUUCAAAUAA